UCAAUUGUUGGGAUUAAAAACCAAUACUCCGUCCUAUGCUUAACAUCUGAUCUAAAACCGCUUCGCCGGAGCUGCCAAUCUCCACUUUCCACCUUCUCCGGCGAUCAUUUCCCGGCAGAGUUCGAAAUGGAACCCGACGUGAGCAUCGAAACAAGCUGUAUGAUCCGAGUAGCAGUUCUACCAAUCGGAUCUAUAGCAAUCCCUUUAUUCCGCGACUACACUUCUAUGCUAGUUCGUCACUACACAGUAUCAUUAUCUUCCAUCAGUUCAUUCUACACAGAACAUCAAAAAUCUCCUUUCGCUCAUCAACCUUGGGAUUCCGGUAGCCUCCGGUUCAAAUACAUGGUCGGUGGUUCACCGGCUAGUCCUUGGGAAGAUUUCCAAUCCAAUCGGAAAAUUUUUGCCGUUAUAGGCAUUUGUCACUGUCCUUCUUCCCCUGAUCUGCAUUCUGUCAUGGAUCAGUUUGUGACCGCAUGUAAGAGUUACUCGUCUUCAGUUGUUCAGCGUUGCUUCGCAUUUUGCCCCGGUGACUCUCAGCUAGAGGAUGAAAGCUUCAAAGGGAGCAACUUAAUUUUGUUUCCCCCAGCUGAUCGUCAAACUCAAGAAUUCCACUUGCAAACUAUGAUGCAAGAUAUUGCUGCCUCGUUGUUGAUGAAAUUUGAGAAAUCAGUUCUUCAAGCAGAGUCUGGUGGAACUAUUCUCAAGACACCUUUAGAUUCCCAAGCGAGUCUUAGCUCAGAGGAGGUCAUCAAGGCUAAAAAACGAAGAUUGGGGCGUGCACAAAAAACUAUCGGGGAUUACUGUCUGUUGGCAGGGUCACCUGUUGAUGCUAAUGCCCAUUAUACAACUUCAUUGGAGCUUGCUAGAUUGACUGGAGACUUCUUUUGGUAUGCUGGGGCAAUGGAAGGCAGUGUUUGUGCACUGUUGAUAGAUCAAAUGGGUCAGAGGGAUCAAGUUCUAGAUGAUGAGAUUAAAGACCGUUACAAUAGUGUCAUUUUGCAUUACAGAAAGUCAUUUAUCCAAGACAAUGCUCAAAGAGUUUCUCCUCUAAGUUUUGAGCUCGAGGCUACUCUCAAAUUAGCACGAUACCUCUGCAGAAAGGAGUUGGCCAAGGAAGUGGUUGGUUUGUUGACUACGGCUGCUGAUGGAGCAAAAUCUUUGAUUGAUGCUAGUGACAGAUUGAUAUUAUUCAUUGAAAUAGCUCGCCUCUUUGGGACUCUUGGUUAUCACCGAAAGGCUGCUUUUUUCUCAAGGCAGGUGGCUCAGCUAUACUUGCAACAAGAAAAUCGGUUGGCUGCUAUCAGUUCAAUGCAAGUACUGGCAAUGACCACACAAGCUUAUCGUGUUCAAAGUAGAGCCUCUACUGACCAUGCUCUUUAUCAGGAAAGUGGACAAAAUCAUGCUGAUGGUGGAAAAGCGCAUCACAAUUGGAUAGUAUCACUAUUUGAAUCUCAAUGGAGUAGCAUUCAAAUGGUUGUUCUGAGGGAAAUACUUCUAUCAGCUGUUCGUGGUGGAGAUCCUCUUACUGCAUGGAGUGCAGCAGCACGUCUUCUUAGGUCCUAUUAUCCUCUUAUUACACCUGCUGGGCAAAAUGGUCUUGCAAGUGCACUUUCAAAUGCAUCUGAGAGACUUCCCUCAGGAACUCGCUGUGCUGAUCCUGCAUUGCCUUUUAUAAGGUUGCAUUCUUUUCCACUUCAUUCCUCCCAACAGGACAUAGUAAAACGUAAUCAUGGGAGAGAUGAUUGGUGGGCAGGGUCUGCUCCUUCAGGACCUUUUAUUUACACUCCUUUCAGCAAAGGGGAGCCAAGUCAAAGCAGUAAGCAGGAGCUGAUUUGGGUUGUGGGUGAAGCAGUACAAGUGUUCGUUGAGUUGGCAAAUCCUUGUGGUUUUGAUUUGAAGGUGGAUAGUAUAUAUCUAUCUGUUCAUUCUGGAAAUUUUGAUGCUUUUCCCAUCAGUGUUAGUCUGCCUCCUAAUUCCUCCAAAGUGAUUGCAUUAUCUGGAAUUCCUACUGAAGUAGGUUCAUUAAAAAUUCCAGGAUGCAUAGUUCAUUGCUUUGGUGUUAUCACUGAACAUUAUUUUAAAGAUGUGGAUAAUCUUCUAGUGGGAGCAGCUCAAGGACUUGUGCUGUCUGACCCUUUCCGCUGUUGUGGGUCACCAAAGUUGAAAAAUGUUACGGUUCCAAAUAUUUCGGUGGUCCCCCCGCUGCCAUUGCUUAUAUCACGUGUUGUGGGUAGUGAUGGUGCUAUAAUUUUAUGUGAAGGAGAGAUUCGUGAAGUACAGAUAAGCGUGGCCAAUGCAGGUACAGUUCCAAUAGAGCAAGCCCACAUCUCAUUAUCUGGGAAAAAUCAAGAUUCAAUCCAGUUAAUUGUUUAUGAAACCUUGAAGUCUUCCCUUCCUUUGAAGCCCGGUGCUGAAGUAAGAAUACCUGUCACUUUAAAGGCUUGGCAGCUCGGAUUUUUGGAUCCAGCUGCUGCUCCUGGUAAGAACAUAUCUGGAAGCACCGGGAGGCAAGUCAAGGAUGGAUGCAGUCCUGUGCUGCUGAUCCACUAUGCGGGUCCACUUACUUAUGCUGGAGGAGAUGCAUCAACAAAUGGAUCUAUUCCUCCUGGUAGGCGCUUGGUCGUUCCCCUUAAUAUAUGUGUUUCACAGGGAUUAUCUCUUAUGAAGGCCCGUUUGUUAUCAAUGGAGAUCCCUGCUCAUGUUGGUGAGGAUCAUUCAAAAGUUCAAGUGGAAACCAGUUCUGCUGAAGGAUCCCCUCGUACUGAUAGGUUCAUGAAAAUUGAUCCUUACAGAGGAAGUUGGGGCCUGUGUUUCCUCGAGCUUGAGUUAUCCAAUCCGACUGAUGUUGUCUUUGAGAUUGGUGUGUCUGUCAAUAUGGAGGAUUCGAACACUGAGGAGAAUCCUGAGUAUGAUUAUCCUAAAACUAGGAUUGACAGAGAUUACACUGCCAGGGUGCUAAUACCAUUAGAACAUUUUAAGUUGCCGGUUCUUGAUGGUACUUUCCUGGUUAAGGAGUCUCAAAUGAAUGGGACCGCUACUAGAAAAUCAAGCUUCUCUGAGAAAAGUAGCAAAGCUGAACUUAAUGCUUCCAUCAAAAAAUUAAUUUCUAAAAUCAAAGUCAGGUGGCAAUCUGGCCGAAACAAUUCAGGAGAACUAAACAUAAAAGACGCAAUACAGGCUGCGCUUCAAUCAUCCAUGAUGGAUGUAUUACUACCUGAUCCAUUGACCUUUGGGUUUAGGUGUGGCAAUAAUACUUCGCAAGAUUUUGCUGACCUUAAUUUGGAUGAAGGAUCUAAUAUUCAGGGUGCACGUAAAGGUUCAGUAAGAGCUCAUGACACGACACCAGUAGAAGUGCUGGUUCGCAAUAAUACCAAGGAAAUGAUUAGAGUCAGUCUUAGCAUCACAUGCAGAGAUAUAGCUGGGGAGAACUGCGUCGAGGGUGAUAAAGCGACAGUGCUAUGGGCAGGUGUUCUGAAUGGUGUCACCAUGGAGGUACCUCCAUUGAAGGAAUAUAGACAUUCGUUCUCCUUGUAUUUCCUGGUUCCAGGUGAGUACACACUAUUAGCUGCUGCUGUGAUUGAUGAUGCUAAUGAAAUGCUCCGAGCCAGAGCAAGAGCUACUUCAUGUGAUGAGUCCAUAUUUUGUCGUGGGCCACCGUUCCAUAUCCGAGUGAAUGGGACUAUGUGAUGUCCUUAUUGAAGUGUCCAUAGUUUACUAAACCAGGUGAAACUUUCCAGCCUCAACUAUUUGUAGAACUUGUUAUUUGCACUUGGUAUUUCUUGUAAUUCCUCCUUAUAUAGAGUUCCAUUUUGUUUAGGAGAAAACUGUAUCACUCAGUUUCCAAUUGAUAUUCAAUAGGAUUCUACAGUGAUUUGUAAAGCUGUACUGUUCAAUCAAGAGCUGGACAUUUAUUCCUGCAAUUUACAGCUUUAUGAUUUUGUUG